AUGUCGAGCUUUCGAGGAUUCAUCUUGAAGAAGACGAAACCUCUCGGAGCAUGCAUUGGGGGAUGUCCAAUUUGUCUACAACACUACUCGCAACGAAAACCACCGAUGAGAAUCUGCACUCAUUGCGACGAUCACAUGGUUUGUACCGAUUGUGUGGGAGGGCUGGAGAAAUUUGACAAAUGUCCCUUGUGCCGCCACGAGCUACGGGAAUUCGAAGCACGAGAAGUAAUGGGAGAAGCGCUUUUAUCUAAGGCUCGCAUUAUUGCUAACAACACGGUGACAGGAGUUCGCGUAACGCAAAGAAUGCUUUCUCCCACCGCACAUGCAACGGAAAGCUUUCCCAAGUGCUCAAAAUGUUGCAAGAACAUCUACGCCAUGGAAGAAGCAUUCACUUGUCUAAAAUGCACAAAGUGGUAUGAAAGAUUUUGGGCCUCAAACGAAGAGCUUACUGUGGAGAUAUUAAAGGAAGCAUUCUGCUACGAUUGUCAUCUGCGGCAUACAAACUCGAUACAUUCGUCAAGUCCUCCUAGCAAAGUCAAAUGGUUUAUGAGAAGUCUCAGCGAAGUGCUUUGCUUGGACAUUUUUGGAACUGAAGGUUCAUAUGCUUCACUCGACAAACUCGUCACACAAUCACUGAAAGAUUCACGCCAAUAUGACUUGAUAAUCUUCGCCCAAAUCUUCAUUCAGGCGAUGACAAACAUUCCCACACGUGAGCAAAACACAGACCGGAUCAAGAAGACGUUGAUGCUAUUACCGACGGAGACCAAAAGAUUUCAACUUCUUUUCGACUAUGUAGAUGGGGGCAUCGAACGUCUAUCGCAAUUCCAGCGCUACGAAGUGUCUAUUUGGAGUCGUUUGAUGGUGCAAGCAAUUCGCCGUUUCACUGUUGAUUCUCAAGUCGAAGAAAGCUAUUGUUCAAUGUUGGCUCGCAAUCAUCAUCAACUUCUAUAUCUUCUAAAAAGCCAGGAUUGUCAGCCACUCCAAGAACAAAGACAACUGAUCGCUAAGCUGAGCUUGGGAGAGUUGACACCACACAAUGCGUUUGCACUAUUAAACGCCAAUGUCGACUUCUUCAGGCCAUUUGAAAGAAAUUUGAUUGUUGAACAGUGUUUGCGCAUGAUGACGAACGAAGCUGAGGGUAUUUAUGCAAAGGAGCUGCUAGCAAAGUUAUGGCGAUUUACGAGCAGCCUUUUAAUCGUUGAGAAAGCCGAAGUAAUUCUGAAAAAUAACAUG